AUGUUCUUCUCUCAGAAAUCAAACCCGUCUCUCUCAUCUGAGAACGCGUUUCUGCCUCGCGGCGCCGGCGGUUUGAGAACCGGCGUUUCCUGCAGCUGGAACCUCGAGAAGAGAUGCAAUCGGUUCGCCGUCAAGUGCGACGCCGCCGUGGCGGAGAAGGAGACCACCGAGGAAGGUUCCGGUGAGAAGUACGAGUACCAAGCUGAGAACCCGCGUUUGCUUUCUCUCUCUCUCUCUCUUUCCUCCCGCCUUUACUCUCUCUCUCCUCUCGAGUCUCCCGCUCCUCUCUCCUCGGGCUCUCCUCCAUCUUCCAAAUCGAGCUCUCUGAAGCUUAUCCCGGUCGUCCCAAGCUCCUUCUUUUCCCUGUCAAUCAUAAUCUCGUUGCUUCGGUACCGUAGUCGGCGUAAUUCGCAGCCGCAGGGAGAAAAAAACAACUCAGUACUCUGCAUUAGCAAAGAACGUAAUGCAGGGCUUGAAUCGAAGCGAACCGAUAUGAUGGGUGACGACGUCAGCUUACAUUUCAAAUGCAAAGGUAUCUUGUACAGUUUAUUGGUGAAGACAUCAACGAACGAGAUAACACUAUUGAUGGUAAAAGCUUUGAUAUGCAAGAAGUUUGGGUGGGAUGAAAAAAUGGUGGAAUUGAAAUUGAGAUACAUUCCCCUGAUUGUGAGAUGCGACGAAUACACGACCGUAGCUUCUGAUGACGAUCUCAGGUGCUAUCUAAGUUCAGUUGAUCCCCAAGGCUGUAGAUGUAUGUUGCAUGUAGAGGUCACGGCUUCCUCAACACAGCCCACAGCGCAAGUAUCUAGAGCAGAGAAGGAAAGUUCUGUUGGUGUGAACUAUAAUGAUGAUGAAAUUGGAGGUAAUGCCGUGGCUCUAUAUGUAGGCAACAACGUCGAAGCAGAACAAGAAGAGGAGGCAGAACAAGAAGAGGAAGCAGAACAAGAAGAGGAGGAGAUGCAGAGCAUGAAGAGGAGGAGAAUGCAGAGCAUGAAGAGGAAGCAGAAAAAGAAGCUCAGGAGAUGGAUGAGGAUGAUGUUACAGGCGAAUAUAGGCACAACGAAUAUGAUGAACCACCUGUUGUACUAG